AUGUAUGCUGUGGAGAGGCUAGGCAACUACAUCACUCGGGGCGUUUAUACCGUCUCUGGCCCUUUUCAUCCAUUUGGUGGCGCUGUAGAUAUCAUCGUGGUCAAACAACAAGAUGGGAGCUUCAAGUCAUCGCCUUGGUAUGUUCGGUUUGGGAAAUUUCAAGGGGUUUUGAAAACGAAAGAGAAGGUCGUUAACAUUAGUGUUAAUGGGGCUGAAGCGGAUUUCCACAUGUAUUUGGAUCAUAAAGGAGAAGCUUACUUUCUUAGGGAGGUGGAUGUAGAAGAAGGGGAAUCUGUGUCAUCUCCUUCAUCCUCAGGGGAGGAUACAGAUGGGCAGUCCCGGAGUAGAAGGCCAUUGAAGUCCAAGAGUUCCAAUUAUGAUGCUGAUCAGUCUAAUUCAGUUGCCGAGAUAGAUAUCAGCAAUGUGAAGGUUAUGGCUCGGACAAAUUCCCGAAGGUCUCAGAUUUUGGGGUUUAUGUUUGGACGGAAGUCAAUGAAAGAGGAUAGCUUUCAGAAGGAAGAAGAUGCCGCUGGUGUUGUUAGGGCAGACUCAUUGGAGCGAGCUGAGAUUGCAGCUGAUCUGUUGGAGGUGAGGUGGUCUACCAAUCUCGCCUCUAGCAGGCUCAGGAAAGAUAAUACUUUAAAGCUUUCCACUCCAGAUGUUUGUGAUGGUGAAGCAGAUAAAGAUUUGGAUACUAAUGAUCAACAGAGCAAGGUAGAUUCACUGGUUGAUGAUAAUAAGGAAUAUGGUUUGGACAAUCUGGUGUCAAAUGGGGAAACUGCUUCUCCUGAUCAUGAAAUGGGCAACCGCUCUUGUUCUAGUUUUGAAGAACAAGAGAGUUCUGAUGGGGAAACUGGUGUGGAAAUGUCAUGUUUGAUCACCGAGUGUGUUAUCAGAACAUCCACUAUAGGUCAAAGUGGUCUGGAAGAUAACAAUGGUUUGAAUUCUGAAACCUCAAGAAAUAAUGACGUAUUAGGUGUAACCAAUGCAGAGCAUGAGCAGAGUGCUGUCAUCUCUGGGAUUGAAACUCAUGUUUUACAAAUUCCAGAUUCUACUGAGCUUGAAGGUUGCUCCAGCAGGAAGCUCAAUGAUGAAAAGGUUUUAGAUGACAAGGAUGCCAGUGUUUCAAACGGUGUUGUCUCCAAGGAAGAGAAUGGAGCAGAUACACUCCAAUCUCUUUUUCCUGCUGAAACUUCAGAGAGCUCAAGGAUAGGGUUUGAUGGUUUUGCUGAACAAGAAAAUGCAAUUUUUUGUAUUUCUUGUGGAGGAUGUGGUGAAGUCUGUGUCCAUGCAGAAACCUGGCAUAAGACAGCUGAGCUUAUUUCUGAACUAAACUCUCACCCACAAGCUGGUUUGCUGGCGGCAAAAGAACCCUCAAACUGUGAAAGAUUUUUAGGAGAUAAGAAUUGUGGUAACGUGCUUGAUGAUGCAAAGAUUCUUGAAAGAGAAGAAACUUCUUUAAACUCGAGUGCACAUAGUAUUGUAACUGAAAUGUAUUCUCAAAUGGUCAAUGUUCACCCAAUCGGUGGUUCAACAGAAGUAGUUGCAUCACAUAACACUUUCACCAUUUCUGGUUUCAGCAACUCUGUCAAUCAUGCUAAAGAUGAGAACAGUACUAGGGAAAAAAAUAUCCCGGGUGAAAUCCAAUCCUAUUUGGAGCCUGUUGGUGGUAUUCAAGAGUUUAGUGGUGAUUGUGUCCAAACGGAGUCAAUAAAUAUAUCACCACCAAAGGGUUCAAGAGAAGAUCUCCUCUUUGGCGAUAUGGAUGAUUUUAAGCUGACUGAAGUUCAAUGCGUCUCUCUUUUUCCUGAUCUUGUGGAGAAUGAAAAUUAUGCCUCAAUUACACCAAGAGGCACUAAAGCAGCAAUUGAGUCUCUCAGUUCCAGCUGUGAGCCAGAUUCAUCCACGGACAAGCUUAUUCAUGAAAAACUACCAAAUGAUGUUGAAGAAUUGAGAAUAUCAAAAACAAUAUCGAGUGAAAUUAACAUUCCUACAAGUGGGAAAGUUUUGGGUGAGGAAGUUGGGCAGGUGGUCAAAUCUUUACCAAAUAUGUGGUCUCACGGUAAUGAUUUGGUUACACAUAAUCUUCAUCAUUCUUUAGGCCAUUCUGUAGAUUCAAAUUCCAAAAUUUCCAAAUGGACUACUCUAAGGAGAAAUGUUUCAAGUUUCAUUAAGUCAGAUGUAGACAAUGAAGACAAACUGUCCCAGGCACAACCAACAAUCGAGGAAGCUAAGAUUUCAGAGGCAAUUGGGGAUCCAUCCAAAGCUAUUGAUGCCUCCAGUGGGAACUGGAAACUUUGGCCCUUUCCUUUCAAACAAUCAAGAAACAUGAACAUUACCCAGCCAACCCUGAAUAUCACCACAAAUCCUGAUUCUGAAAAUGCUUUGAAUAGCUCAAGCAGCAUGAACAAGGAAAAAGAUGAACCUAAGUCCAAGGUAAAUAAAAGGAAAAUUAGGGUUGGAUCUCCAACAUCUGAACAACUGGCAUCCUUGAAUCUGAAGGAAGGGAGAAAUGCAGUAAAAUUCACUUUCUCAACUGCAAUGCUGGGGAAGCAGCAGGUUGAGGCCAUAAUUUAUUUGUGGAGAUGGGAUACUCGCAUUGUGAUCUCAGAUGUUGAUGGGACAAUUACUAAAUCUGAUGUUCUAGGGCAGUUCAUGCCUUUGGUUGGAAGAGAUUGGUCGCAGACAGGUGUUACACAUCUCUUUUCCGCUAUUAAGGAAAAUGGAUAUCAAUUGCUUUUUCUAAGUGCACGUGCAAUUUCUCAGGCCUAUCACACUAGACAGUUCCUAUUUAACCUUACGCAGGAUGGAAAGGUUUUACCGGAUGGACCUGUUGUUAUUUCACCUGAUGGACUUUUUCCCUCAUUGUUUCGAGAAGAUUAUGUCCCGUCACUUUUUAUACUAAGAUCUGAUGUUCUAGGGCAGUUCAUGCCUUUGGUUGGAAGAGAUUGGUCGCAGACAGGUGUUACACAUCUCUUUUCCGCUAUUAAGGAAAAUGGAUAUCAAUUGCUUUUUCUAAGUGCACGUGCAAUUUCUCAGGCCUAUCACACUAGACAGUUCCUAUUUAACCUUACGCAGGAUGGAAAGGUUUUACCGGAUGGACCUGUUGUUAUUUCACCUGAUGGACUUUUUCCCUCAUUGUUUCGAGAAGUUAUUAGAAGAGCUCCUCAUGAAUUCAAAAUUGCUUGCUUGGAGGAUAUCAAGGCAUUAUUUCCAUUUGAUAGGAAUCCAUUCUAUGCUGGUUUUGGAAACAGAGACACCGAUGAGUUUAGCUAUCUUAAGGUUGGAAUCCCAAAAGGAAAAAUCUUCAUCAUUAAUCCCAAGGGCGAGGUUGCUGUGAAUCACCGUGUUCACACGAGGUCAUAUACUACACUUCACGAUCUUGUGCAUGACAUGUUUCCUCCCAUGUCAUCGUCUGAGCAGGAGGACUUUAAUUCAUGGAAUUACUGGAAACUUCCUCCUGCUAUGGAUAUUUGA